AUGGCCAUCGAUCAGGAAACACCGAGCGAGCAUAUUAUAGUUGAACCGCCUUCGAAACGACUAAAAUCCGAAAUGCAGGGCGAGACAUCCCCAGCGCCCACGCCAAGUGAAUACGGACUACUGUUAGGGAAGCUUUGGGACCCAGAAUUCUCCGAUGUUACGGUAUAUGUCGGCACGGGCCGUCAAGAAUACAAACUUCACCGUACUAUAAUUUGUGCCGAAUCUGAGUACUUAAGGAAAGCUUGCAAGGCAAUGAAGCCAGGUGGUAGCCCCCAUCGGGUGGAAUUACGAAAUAUAAAACCUGCCGCCUUUGAUGUCAUUCUCAAGUGGAUAUACGGAUGUGGUUACAGCGUUCCUGAAGACUACGAACCUUCAAAAUUCCUCGAUACAUAUACAGCAGCAGAUCAUCUCUGCAUUCACAGCCUCAAGGAAGAGAUCAUGCACCAAAUCACUACUACAAUCCAGAUGGACGUUGUGAAGAACAAAGCUACGCAUGAUUGUACGAUCCAAAAUCCUAUCCACCUUAUGUGGAGAUUCGCACAGGUCUCAACAUCGAAGGAUUUUGAUGUGCUUCAGAAACCAGUUAAGCAGUUUCUAGCUCUGAGGGGGGUCAAUACGGAAUGGGUAAAGGGAAUGGCCAGUGUCAAGGAUAAUCAUAAUCUUUUCAACGAAAAUUCGACUUUCUCAGAUGUCACAGUCAUCAUCGGUGAAGAAGCCAAGGUCUUCAAGUUACACCGGAUUAUCUUAGCCGCAAACUCAGACUACUUCGUCGGUGCCCUCAAUGAGGCAUUUACAGAAGGGAAGUCGCGCCAAAUUACCAUCCCGCAUAUUAACAGUGAUGUAUUCAAAAGAGUUAUAGAGUACUUCUACACUCGGUCUCUCGGGUUCACGGAUGAAGACCCUUUAGAUUGGGAUCUCAUAACAGCACUAUACCAAGCAGCCGACUACCUUCUUGCACCAAUCCUCAAACAAGAGGUGACAUUGUACCUCGCCAAAAAAAUCGUAGAUUUCAACUUUGCGAAAUACAUAGAAAAGAAUCCAGAGGCGGAAGGCAAAAGUGAGUAUGAUAUAAUGCUAGAAGGGCUUGGGAAUGUGUUUGAGCACUCCACAAUGUCUGACUGGAAUAACAUCAAGCUCUGCACAGAUUGUGUAGAGUGGCGUGAUUUCCCAGUUAGCCCUAACAGCUAUCCCAAUUUUGUAGCGCAGGGGAAAAAUACGACCAUACUUCUCGCAGCACUUUUCGAGUCCUUCCGAGAGAUUUAA